CCACUCUGUCAGUAUCCGGACUGUCAUCCUGCCGCGGCAUCUGUCUGCUCCGAGCUCUCUCCGCCUCUGGCAUGGAUCCGAUCUAAGGCGUCCGCUGGAGGACACGCGUUCUCUCGGGCUCUGGUCUGACUGAAGAGACAAGAAUGAUGGAGCACUGGCGGCAGUGUUCGCUGUGGUUGAUCAACUGCAAGGUGCUUCCCGCGAACCAUCGGGUGACAUGGGAGUCCGCGCAGGUAUUCGACUUGGCCCAGACCCUCCGGGAUGGAGUCCUUCUCUGCCAUCUGCUCAACAACCUGAAACCCCAGUGCAUCAACCUGAAGGAAAUCAACCUUCGUCCGCAGAUGUCACAGUUCUUGUGCCUGAAGAACAUCCGGACUUUCCUGGCCACUUGCAGUGACACUUUUGGAAUGAAGAAAAGCGAACUGUUUGAAGCCUUUGACCUUUUUGACGUUCGGGACUUUGGAAAGGUUAUGGACACGUUGUCUAAACUCUCCCACUCUAUCAUUGCGCAACAAACAGGAAUCAGGCCUUUUCCAACUGAAGAAAGUGUUGAAGAUGAAGACAUCUAUAACCACUUAGAGGACCUGAUUGAUGAGAACGGACUCGAGGAUGAGGAAGAUCUCUAUGACUGUGUGUAUGAUGAUGAAGAUGGUGGCGAGAUCUAUGAGGACCUGAUGAAAACAGAGGUUCUCCCACCUCCGAAGCAGACAGAGACAGACAUCAGGGGCUGCUGCCUCACAGAAAUCAAGCAGACCGAGGAGAAGUACACAGAGACGCUGGACUCAAUAGAGAAGCACUUUAUGACGCCCCUCUCCACGUUCCUGUCCACGGUCGAGAUGGAGAACGUGUUUGUGAACAUCCCGGACCUUGUUAAAGUACACAAAUGCUUACUACUGGAGAUACAAGACUCUGUCCUAGCCAGAAGUGCCCAGAACCUAUACCAGAUCUUCAUCACCUACAAAGAAAGGUUGUUGAUCUAUGGGAAGUACUGCAGCCAAGUGGAAACUGCUAUCGCCACGCUGGACGACAUCUGCAAAGACAGAGAGGACGUUCACAUGAAGCUUGAGGAAUGUUCAAAGCGGGCCAAUUAUGGCAAGUUCACACUGAGGGAUCUCCUGGUGGUUCCCAUGCAGCGAGUGUUGAAGUACCAUCUUCUCUUGCAGGAGCUUGUGAAACACACCCAUGACGCUUCAGACAAGAGCAAUCUGCGGCGGGCUUUGGAUGCUAUGAAGGACUUGGCUCAGUACGUCAACGAAGUCAAGAGAGACAAUGAAACACUGAGGGAAAUUGACCAAUAUCAGAGAUCCAUUGAAAAUUUGAAUCAGCCUCUCAGUAACUACGGCAGACCCAAGGGUGACGGCGAGGUGCGAGUGGCUUCAGUGGACAAACGAGCCAAACAGGACAGGCACAUCUUCCUCUUCGAUGCUGCUGUAAUUGUGUGUAAGCGAAGAGGAGACAACUACGAGAUGAAGGAAGUGAUCGACCUGCAUCUUUUCAAAAUCACCAACAACCCGACAUCAGACAAAGAGAACAGGAAGUGGUCAUACGGUUUCUACCUCACGCACAACCAGGGCCAGAAUGGCUUUGAAUUCUUCUUCAAGACCAAAGAGUUGAAAAAGAAGUGGCUGGAACAGUUCGGCAUGGCCAUAUCCAACAUUCAUCCUGAAAAUGCGACCAACAACUUCCACGAGUUCCACAUGCACACGUUCGAGCGAAUCACCUCGUGUAAUUCCUGUCACAUGCUACUGAGGGGCAUCUUUAACCAGGGAUACCUGUGUUCCAAGUGUGGUUUAGGGGCUCAUAAAGAAUGUCUGGGCCGCUUAGGCCACUGUGGAAAAACAGAUCCCGGUUCCAUCGGACGUCAGGGGAAGGACCGAGAUCCAGGUCUGCCUAAAGUGGUGGUCAUCAGGAACUACUUCGGUGUCCCAAGCCCCACGUCGGGUCCGGCCCUCAACAUCCAGACCGGAGAUAUCAUUGAGCUCAUCAACGCCGAACCUCACAGCCCCUGGUGGCAGGGUAAAAUCCUGUCCACCAAGGAAGUUGGCUUUUUCCCAAACGAUGCCGUGAAGCCCUGCCCUUGUGUGCCAAAGCCCAUCGAUUACUCCACUCAGCCGUGGUACGUAAAGGAAAGCCUAUUUAAAGGACAGAAAUGGUGCCAACUGUCGCGCACAUCAUCCCUACUUUGUCUUCACUUUAACAUUAGCUUCCUUUAUUGUUGUUUUAUCAUCAUCUUGUGGCGUUUCCCUGGGUGCCGCAGGUUUGCAGGGCCCAUGGAGCGGUCGCAGGCUGAGACAGAACUGAUGAAUCGGGUCAACAGCACCUACCUGGUGCGACACCGAAGCAAAGAGCUCACCGAGUACGCCAUCAGCAUCAAGUACAACAACGACGUGAAGCACAUAAAGAUCCUGACCAAGGAGGACUGCUGCCACAUCGCCGAAAACAAGAAGUUCAGGAGCCUAUUUGAGCUGAUUGAAUAUUACAAGCAUCAUUCUCUACGAGAAGGUUUUCGGAGUCUGGACACCACACUGCAGUUUCCAUACCGGGAAAUGGAAAAUGCCACAAUGCAUCGGAUCAAUCGCUUGGGAGGCAACUCCCCCUUGCUCUGUGGCCUCUCUUUUGUAACUCCUGCCGGCUACAGCUUUGUACCUCCUUCCUCUGCCCCCUUCUGGUCAGUGUUCACUCCAAAAGUGAUCGGCGUGGCCAUCGCACGGUACGACUUCAGCUCACGCGACACACGAGAGCUCUCGCUCCAGGAGGGUGACGUGGUGAAGAUCUACACAAAAUCUGGAGCCAACGGAUGGUGGAGGGGCGAGGUCAACGGCAGGAUCGGCUGGUUUCCUUCCACAUACGUAGAAGAAGGAGAGGAGUGAAUCAUCUGUUGACUGAAAAUGAAGAGAAAGAUGGGCAGCACUGGACCUCAUGACCCGAAACAAAGCUACUAACUGGGCGUGAGCCGCUGUGCUGUCCUCCAGAGAUCAGUGGCUUCGCUCUGCUCCACUAUUGCCUACAACCAUUCCAGAGGCCUUUGGAGAGAAAAGGGCUACAGACGACUGCAAUGGCCCAGUGUGGCUAAGAGACUUGAUCAUCCAGCAGCUUGCCUAUCGUGGAGGGGGGGGAACCAACAUUUGCCCUCUUCCCUGUGUCGUCGGUCCAUUCAUCACGAUUCCUUUCUCCCUGAUCCAGCCUCAGAACCAGGCUCCCGCUUGACUCCGCUUGCCAAGUCUGCAGGCAUCAAUCUGUCAAAGGUAGACGCCGAAAUGCCACAGCUGCUCAUGACCUCAUUCAUCCAGCCACUUUCCACAUGGGGAGAGUUUUGGAGAAGACCCAGUCUGAAAGGAUUGCAGCGAUUCCCGACCUUGGCUGUUGGCUGGCCCCCUCUAAUGCAGCCGGUUAUUGAUAACCCGGGUCCAUACAUCACACACCUCGCGUCACGACUCGCUCGCACAGACUCUCCGGAGAUGUUAGAAGGAGAUGUCAGCGGAUAGCCAUUGAUCAUUGUUCUUCAGAUUUUACUUCCCUCUCCAACGUUCUUUAUCUUUGGCCCUCUCAUGUUUGAGGUGUCUCGGCCGCCUGUGAUCCUCUGUUCUUAUCAGUGACAGCUUGACAGGAGCCGUUUUACUCCAGCUUUAUCUUACUCGAGGUAUUACCGGCUUGUCAGCAGAACAAACCACUCGAGCCGCCAGCCACAGUUCUGGCACAAAAUGACAAAAUCGAAUCACAAGAUGAUUUCUUUCUCCUCUUCCACCUUCAGCUGAGAUUCCCCGUCACUUUAAGGUUUGUACAGCUCAUAGAUGUUCAGUGGUGCUCCUCUGCCUCCCCCGUACCAUGGUUAAGCAAAUCCUGAGUCCUUCAAAGCCCUAAAAGCCUCCAUUGUUCACAAGAAAUCCAAUGAAAAACAAAACAAUUGUGCCACUUUGCGAUGGAUGACCUGUGUGACUUCUUUAUGAUCGCCGAAUUAGCCAUCCUUCCCCACUAAUGGGGCCAAAAGAAGAAGGCUCCAAAAUGAAUUGCAGCUUCCAAGUGUCCUGCUGUUCUCAAAAACAUAAAGCAGUAUUGCACCAAGUGUUUUCCAAACACUCCUGGAUUCUUCUCAAUUUGAAAUAUAUUUUUAAGAUCCAACAGCUUCAAACCAAAGAAAAAUAUAUCAGUAAAACCCUUCUCUUGCUGCACUUCACAUGUACAUGAAGUGUUUCUUUAAUCUGCAGUUAAAAGGAUUUACCUAUAUUUAUGGAAAGAAAGACUGCAACCGCUGCAUCGUGACACUUCGAUCGUAAACUCACCACUAGCAAGGAAGAAAAAAUAGAAAAUAGGACCUAGAGAAUCCCAGACUGAGCGACAAACGCGUUUGGUUUCACUUCGAUUUGAUUCCCGCCCAGCUGACCUGACACAAUUAUUGCAGUGAAGAUUACUAGUCGCUGUGUUUGAAGUUGUUCCCUGGCUACACAUGAGAUGUUUCCCCCUCGUGCUUAAAGGAGCGUUCCACUCUCCCACGCACUCCCACAUGUGGUAUUUUAAAAUGCCAGUCUCAAACACAAAUUGCGGUAAUAAACAUCUGAUUUCAUAAAUUGGACGAGAUUCACCGCUUGUUCUCGCAAAAUGAAUCCUGCAUUUUAUGAUCCUGAUAUGUGUGCGAACUCCACGUCCCGAAAAUCACACGUCAUGUUGCUGUUGUGCUCUUUGUACUUUUAUAGAGAUUUAACAGCCUUUUGGACUGUCUUGAGUCGAGCAACUGUUUCUUUUUUUCUCACGAUUUUUAAUGUUUAUACAACACAUGUAUCAUGAACAGGAAGAUUUGAUGGUUUAAUACAUUGUUUUGUGAGUCAUUUCUCCAUAGUGGAUGAACUAAUUCAUCUCCCCUCUCCAGUUAUUGAUCCACAAAAGAAUGUCAUUUUUUUAAAUAUUGUGUCAUGGCAGCUCUUCUUAUGUAUGGGAAUGAACUGGAUCAUUUAUUUGUACAUUUUAUUUUGUUCCACUGUAACUCAAAACUUAAUUCAGUACCAGUCUAACUUCAGUUUAUGUAGCGGUCAUAGAUACAGCAUGUUUUUAUUUGUCAUUCAAUGGCUUUAAAAGCCAAAAAACAUAUUUCUUCGCAAAAGCACUCUCUUCAUAAGGUUUGCCUUCACUCAAUUUCCUGUUAUUAAGAAGUGACCACUAGAUGGAAGCAUCCCAAAAUCAUCUGGUCACCUUUCUGGAGAUGACAUCAUCCAAAAACGGGUUCCAUCACAGCCAGACUGAAGGAGAGUGGAGGUAGAAAUGUACUACAGCGGUGAGACAGAUGUCAUUUUCUGAUCUUCCUGGAUCACCCGAGUUUCCCUCUCCACUUUCUUUAAUAUCUGCGGCGCUGAGCGUUCCCAACAUCUCCAGUAAAUCUUUGAGGGAGCAGAGCAAUCCUCUGGCCCGUCGCGGGAGCGCUGGCGAGCUGCUCUCUAAUGGUAGACUGCGUUAAUCCACUCCUGCACUCCUCCUCUGCCCAAAUGAACUCUGACAGUGUGGCCAUUUACAACCGCCGGCCUCCUCGCGCGCUCCCAGGUCUCUCCUGUGCAGGUGCGACGGGAGGGAGGCUCAAGGGUAUCCGUGAUCUAAUCAUUACACCAUCUCCUCACCCCAGCGACCCCUGCGGCAUCCAUCUCUCUGUCGGCUCCUCUCUCAGUGUCACUUCCCUCCCCGCUCUCUCUCUUCUCUGCUUUCCUUCUCCAUCCAUCUUUAAUCCAAUCUCCGUCCUCUCGGCUUCUCUCUGUAUUCCGUUCCUCACCCAGAAGCUCUGAUGGCUCCGGCUGCAUUUCUGAUCCGCUGAUAUCAGGCGGAGAGCCGCAGCGACGUUAGAACUGAGCUCCUCAAAUGAAUAAACGCGUCCCAUUCAUGACUCAUGACUCCAUGCCAUUUCCACCAACAAAUGAUAACCGAUUCAAAACGAUGAAACCGCCACCAGUUGAUUUCUGAUGUCAUCUGGGGCCAUUGUGAUCGCUGGAUCUAAACACUCGGACUAACUCUUAAAAUCACCGGGAACAAAGUCCCAAGAGCUUUUGGAGAACUUUUUAUUUUGUGUGUUUUCGGAAAAAGUCCAGAGGAAUUCUGUGACUUAGAUAGAGCCAGAGGACCAAGACCAUUAAACAUGAUAGAAAUCUAUUGUCUUAAGUUCAGCUUUUUCUGAGAAUACAGACAAAAUAAUGUAUAUUUUUGUAUUAAAGGGAUUAUAUUAGGAACUAAAAUUCAGCUACCAAUGUGGCCCAGAGAGAAGUGAGUAGUGUGACAGAUGUGUUCUUCAAAAUGGGAACCAGAGUGAAGAGUUUCUGCCAAGUUAUUGAAUCAUCUCUGACUUCUAAGUUUCAUGUACAUAAACUAUUUACCAAUCAAAACCAACCUGCCAUCGACUAAGGGCCCCUGCUGCCUCUUGUGUGUGUGUGUCCGCAUCAGUGUUUCCACGCGCCGUGUCGUCCCUAUGAAGCCAAAGACGUGUAUGCUGUUUGUACUAACUGCACACUCUACAUUGUGUCUCACCACGGUACAACCGCUGUGGCCUAACUCUAAAACCGUGCAAUCCUGACUGUGUAGCAUUUCCCCGUACUUUUGCUGUAAUAUACUGUAACAUAUGUAUAUAGCUCAUAAAUAAAAAUCU